AUUUGUAUGACAAAUACGGUAACCUUAACAACUGGUGGACUGACCAAUCAGCAACCAGGUUUCAAAGCAAGACUUCCUGUAUGGUUAGACAAUACUCAAACUACACUGCAGAAAAUACUCAUCUGAAAGGAGAGCGUGUUUUGGGGGAGAAUAUUGCUGAUAAUGGAGGCCUUAAGACAGCAUAUAUGGCCUACAGACACUGGUUCAAAUCAAAAGACUCAAAUGAGGUCAAGGACCUUCCUGGACUGACCUUGACCCAAGAACAACUGUUCUUUGUUGGAUUUGGGCAGCUCUGGUGUUCCUAUUACACUCCCCAGUACACAAAGCAGGCCAUUCUAACAGACGAACACACCAUCAGCAAGUUCAGAACAAUUGGUGUUGUGUCCAAUUCUGGGGACUUUGCACGAGCAUUCCAGUGUGCCCCUAAAACUCCAAUGAAUCCCCAGAUAAAGUGUCAAGUCUGGUGAAGAUAAGACUUCAUUCCUACUUACUUGUCUGUGAUCAUAA